AUGAGUUCGUACCUGGAGUACGUGUCGUGUGCCAGCGGCGGCAGCGGAGGGGUAGGCGCCGACGUGCUGGGCUUCGCACCCAAGUUCUGCCGCGCCGACGGGCGCCCCGUGGCCCUGCAGCCCGCCUUCCCCCUGGGCAGCGGCGAAGGCGCUUUCCUAGGCUGCCUGCCCCUGGCCGCCGCCCGGUCCGCGCCGUCGCCCCCCACACUUCCCGCGCAACCCCCGGACCCGCAACCCGCCGCGCCCCGAUACUCGCCCUGCACCCUGGAAGGCGCCUACGAGCGGGGCGGCGCACCUGCUUCUGCGCCAGCUGCAGACUACGGCUUCUUGGGGUCCGGGCCAGCGUUCGACUUCCCAGGCGCACUUGGAAGAGCGGCGGACGACGGUGGGGCGCACGUCCACUAUGCCACCUCGGCGGUCUUCUCCAGCGGAGGAUCUUUCCUGCUCAGCGGCCAGGUGGACUUCGCUGCCUUUGGAGAGGCUGGCCCCUUCCCUGCAUGUCUCAAGGAGCACGCGGACGGCCACCCGGGGCCCUUUAAGACUGCAUCCCCGGCCCCCGGAGCCUGCCCCAAGCCCGCUUCUCCCACCUCCGGCCUCCCGGCGGCCUUCAACACUUUCGAGUGGAUGAAAGUGAAGAGGAACGCCCCCAAGAAAAGCAAAUUCUCCGAAUACGGAGCCGCAAGCCCCUCCAGUGCCAUCCGUACGAAUUUCAGCACCAAGCAACUGACAGAGCUGGAGAAGGAGUUUCAUUUCAAUAAGUACCUAACUAGAGCCCGACGCAUCGAAAUAGCCAACUGCUUGCAGCUGAAUGACACCCAGGUCAAAAUCUGGUUCCAGAACCGUAGGAUGAAACAGAAGAAAAGGGAACGAGAGGGGCUUGUGGCCACAGCUGCCUCUGUGGCGUCCCUUCAGCUUCCCCGGUCAGAAACAAGUCCCGGCAAAUCUGGCAGGAACCUAGGAAGAAGCCCUUCUCAGUGUCCAGAACCUUCCUGAGGCUGAGGACCUUUGGCCUACAGAAGUCACAGACUGCCCCCACCCUUGUAUAGACUUAGGAGCUCAGUUCCGGCUGAGGGUGGGUGUGGGCAGAAUUAGUACAGGUUUUACUUGGCAAAGGAACUGUCUAAAUUGCCUUCUGAGUUCCAGAGGCUGCGUAUAGAGAUAUUAUUUUGAUAUCUCUUAUUUGCAUAUUAAUUUUGCCUUGUCAGG